AUGACCUUGAGUAGCAACGAAAAACGCGCCAAGCGAAGGCAAGAAUGCCGAGAAGCUCUAGCCGCUCAUAUCCGCGAACGAUUAGGAAUCUCGGUUGCACCAGGCCGGGUACGUUUGCAGCCCGGUGCCGAUGAUGGCUACGCAUGGUCAGUGGCAAAAGACAGCGAACACCUAUUGAAGACAAGCCUAAGCAAUGGAUCAAUUGGUGUUUACGAUAGUAUUCUAAGGGGAUUGGGCCAUUUGAUCGAGGCCGUGACUCCUAGGACCUUGGAGCCCAAUAGGCAGAAGGAAGUCUCCAAUUCAGAAGAAGAGAUCUCAGAUAUGGCAAAUGGUUCUUUUACCGCAACUAUUCAAAGACUAGAACGAGAGAACCAAAAGCUUACUGAAAGAUUGAAACGCGCUUCUUGCUUUUCAGAAGAGCUCCUGAGCAAAGACCAAGAUUGGAUGAAGAGAACAUAUAAUCUAGAAGAGGAGUUAAAGAACGGUCAGAGUCUGGUGGUGCAACUGCAAUCAGAGCUGCAGGAGGCUCGAAAUGGUAUGGCAAAGGCAAUCAAAGUCUUGUGGCAGUGUCAAAAGAUACAAAACGAGGACCACACAUGGCUGGAGAAGGGAAGCGAGGAAUUUGAGGAAAUCAAUCUGGAUUUUGGCACUGCUGCAUGA